UUAACCAGUUAAUUGUCCGACGUGCAAACCAGUCGCCAUCUUUGUUCGCCACCAACAAAGUGCUAGACGCUCAAAGUCCGUUCGAAAGCAGGACUACCCAGGCUUUGUCAAAGCAGAAGAAGAAAUCGGAAGACGAUAUCAUUAACUUGAAAAUUGAGUCUCCUCUAUCAAAUCUUGAAGUGUUUGAUCUGAUGUGGUUCAAAGAUGUAAGCCGCCAAGGCUGAUCGACGUUUUGCGAUCGGGUUCAUUGAUUUCUCAUCGCCAGGAAUCUGAACAGUCUGAUAUAUUGCCUGAAGCUGUUCUGGCCCCUAUGGCAUUUUUCAAUCACUUUGCUUGGUUCAUUCUUUUGCUGGCAUCAGUUAGCAUGAUCUGUGCAGAUACCUCGGUAACCCAGUCAAGCACGGUGUAUCCAAGUGACAAGUCAUCACUUACACAGGACAUGGCCAAGUCUGUCCCAGGAGAACAGACAGCCACACUGUCGCUGGAGAAUGAUUUUAGUUCAGUUCUCAUGGAUACCUCUGUCGAUACGGAAAACAGGUCUGAAUUAACCCAGGAAGACUCCGAUGUUGCCUCGAUUUUAAAUCAGAAUAUCGGCCCCGAAUCCUUUGUUACCGCAAAUCAACAGACGCCAAUGCCGAAUCUCGAGAUGAUAUCCACGGAGCAGCCAUACGUAAAGCAGAUUCAAUCACCUGCAAGGAUCUACCCUACCACCGCUUACGUAAUGACGUCAUUGAAACCCCAGCCGGUUAAAACCCUUUCGAAGUUUGGGGGCAAAUUUAUGGACAACGUUGCGCAGAUCAAGGUGUCCCCAGAUCCGGCUGCAGAAGAGCCGUCCACCGUGACAGCUAAGGUCUUCAUCAGCAGUUUCCCAGGGUUACAGAUAAAUGGUGACGACAAGCUGCUGCCUUCAGUCUCAAUGACCAACACGUCCAGCAUCUUGCUGACCAAACUCAGGCCCAAUGGCAACAAUCUGGAAAUCGCCAACCCUUCUGACAUUCAGAACCAGAUCUUCGACGAACUGGAACGUGCGAUGGACAUCUUUCUGCACAAGGACUUUUCCCCGGAAACCCAGUUUUCUACCCUGGAGGCAUCUGAACAGAGGAUGGGACAGCCACACUCCAAACCUUCACAAGCCACCCCGCUGUUCAGUGAACUAGAUAUCGACAUCCAAGCAGGCGGCGUAUCCCCUGUCUCAGAGGAUUACGAAUUUGACAGAGUCCUUGAUGGGUCAGGCGAUGUCGUAGAUGUUCUCGACGUCUUAAGCUUCAACGGACAAGCCCUUCCGCAAUUACUGAAGAAAUCACAGCAAGCGGGUAAAGAGCAGUAUGACAUGAAGCUAGAAGAAUAUAAUGACGUUGUGGAGCCUCAAAGCUUCUUCAAACCGCUUUUUGCUAGCUUCAUGCGCCAGCGGGAUGAGAAUUCUCCAUCAGACAGUCUCAUGGCAAAGAAAGAAAACUCUCCAAAAAAGAUUCUCGUUUCCCAGUCAUUCAUGUUUCCAAAGCCUGUUUCAUCAGUGGAGAAUCUCAACAUGAAUCUGAAAGACCUGCUCACCACUGUCUUCGCUCAGUCUCCGAUGCUUGUAAAACCGCGCAGGGAUUUCCAGAAGUUUGUGCAGAACGGUGAAGAAAACGCUGGAGAAGUAACUUCGCAGUCCAUUGACCUUCCUGGACCCGACCCACCUUCUCUAAAGAAGAUUCCAGUGUUGAACAUGCUUCUCCAGGCAGGUAAUCGUACAGGAGAGGUCAAGAAGCCCUUUCAGAGAAGGAGAUGGAUAUCCUUUUUGAACAGGGGACCGGUAAACAGGAAGAACCCCGUCAACAAAAGGAGUCACUCCAAGCUCUUGCAGCAGUUGAGCCCCCUCCUCGGUCACUCUCGACGUCGGCUUCGAAGACACGUCGAUGAGGACAUUAACUCCGCCAUCAGCAGAGGUGUGAUCGUAGUGCUUAUUCCAUUAGACCUGCCGACAGAAACCAAGAUCUUCGACCCUGAGGAUUAUGGAGGAAUUGCGGAAUAUUAUAUGAUUUGCACGGACCCGCCUCAAAGCUACUUGGCAUUAAACAACAGGGGUGAGCUGUGGCUUACGGAGAAACAACCACCAGGCUACCAGGCUGACUUCCAAUACAUCCUGACGAAACCAAACGGAGAAAGGCACACCAAAGACCUUCAGGUGCGUUUCCAGAAGGACAACGAUCUCGCUAUUGUGCACGAGCCUGCGGUGAAGGCUGAGAGGCGAACCGGUGCUGUCAUCACACGUAUUCAAGUGCUAACAGUUGCGCCAGAUCUAGAGUUUGAAAUUGAUCCUGAUUGCAGUGGACUUUUCGAUAUCUUAAAAGAUGGAAGAAUUGUGAUCAAAGGCAGCCCCUCAGAUCUGCCUCUGACCUCCUACACCUUCACCACGAGAAUCACCUCCAAGAUGCUGGAUGUGGCUCAGUGUGUGUCCCUCCGAGUGAUGUUCCCAGAACAACCAGCGCCAUUAAAGGAGACAAAAGUAGUCUCCAGGAAAGGUACCAUCGAUGUAGUAUUCAGUCUCGUCAUCAUCAUCCUCUUUGCCAACAUCAUGAUCAUCGCCGCUUUCUUCCUUCGAUGGUACACCAAGAAGCAGCUCAAAGCUGUUGUGACCAAGCCUCCAUCCCAGGACAAAGGCAAUCCCCAAAACGCAAAGACGGAGCCACGGAAGCCAAAGGCGAAGAAGCCAGCGGCACAGAAGGAAGCGACGAAAAAGCCCGAAGAGAUGCCGAAAAAGCCCGAAGAGAUGCCGAAAAAGCUCGAAGAGGCCCCGAAGAUGCCCGAAGAGGCCCCGAAGAUGCCUGAAGAGGCGCAGAAGAAACCCGAAAACGACGCCAAGGAAGGUGAGCCUGACAUCACCGUUGUCGUCGUGCCUGCCAGUGGUGCCACCUGUGCAGGAGACGAAGACGCUGGGGCAAAUGAAACCAGAGUCUACGACACGAGUAACGAUAAGGAGAAGCUUCUUGGUCCCGUUGUUUUUGCUCCACCCUAAACCCGUUCGACACAUCAAUGGUCGAACACAAAUAGUUCAAGCCGUUUUUAGUUAAUAACAGUCAGCAAUUUAAUCGUCUGAUUGGCAAACUGUCACGUGCUGUUCAUCACCAUCCAAACAGCAGGUGCAGGGUUUCAGUUUUAGUUCAUUAUUAUUAUGAAUAGCAUAGCGUUUAGAAAAAAGGUACAGUUAAAAAAUUUAAAAAAAAAUUUUAAUUUGUCAGCUUACAACAAACAGUGUGAAACAUAGAUAAAAAGAUGUUUAAGGAGGGACAAACGAACACUUUAAAAAAAAAGAGCAGGUUCCUGAGCACUAAUAACUGCAAGAUUUAUGAUAAGGUACAGCAAAAAAAUAUUUUGUCAUAGAAAUUAUUUUAUUUUUCCUGUAAUUGUAAAACUAACACCGUUUUUCAAUAAAGCCUAAAGCUGGCAUGUUUGUACCGAAA